AUGAGAAUAGUUGAAGACAAGAUUGAAGCAAAGUUGGGAGAACAAGACUCAAUUGCUAAUUUUAUUAAGAAAUUGCAACAAGUAUUAUCUAAAAUCUCAACUUUAGUUGCAGAUAUUAUUGUUAGAAGUUGGAAUGAAUUGAUAAUGAAAUUGUUAGAUAUUACAUGUAAUAAUUAUUCCACAGGGAACUGUGGAAUAACUGAUUUAUACCGUGUAGAUUGA